UUGAUUUUUCCUUUCCUGUUUGUUUUAGAUAUAAUUUUGUUGACAACAUUUUUGUUUUGCAAGUGAAGUUAUUAGAUGUAUAAAGAUGAAGAAUAAAAUGAAGAUUCUGAUCCUAUCAUGUUUAGUCGCCACUUGUUUGGCUAAACCUGGCCUCUUUGGAGAUGACGGAGCUCUGAAAAAAGCCGCUGAAAGGCUCCACGAAGCCAACCAAAAAUUCGCUGCUGACACUUCAAACGCCUUUCAAAACGCUCGUGAGAAUAUCAAAAACAACAACGAAAGAAUCGCCAGCCAAACGGCCGAAGCGUUGGAGAAAGCAAAAGAGGAUUUGAAAAACACCGGAGAGAACAUUUCUCGUAAGACAAAUGCAGCUGUGGAGCAAGCAAAAGAGAAUCUUCGGAAAGCUGGUGAGGAUAUCCAUAACGCUGGAGAGAAAUUUGCUGAGAACACUGACAAAGCACUUCAGAAAGCUGGGCAAGAUAUUCAUGAAACUGGAGAAAGGAUUAAGGAUAAAGCUGUAAAAAUUGCCAAGGGAGAAGAGCCCAUAGUGGAUGUAAAGGUCAAUUCCAAAGUAAAAGUCCUGGAUAAUGAAGUAGGAGUACAAGGUCAGUUGACCAUUGGAGGACACAGAACAGGCUUCCAUGGUUCAGCAAAUGCUAACAUUCUAGGACAAAAAGCAAACAUUCAUGCUGAUGUUUUGAAUGCACAUAGAAAUCCUAACGACACUCAUCACCAACAUCAGAAUGCGAUUAACAAAUUAAAGGAAUUGAUAAAUAAGGCCAAGAACCAAAAUGCAGAAGUAAAUGGACAACAGUUUAUUGAAAAUCAGUAUCCUAAUGGAGGUCAAAAUGUUUAUUAUUUACCUCAAGAACAGAAUUAUCCACAAUAUCCUGCAGUAUAUCAACCCAAUGUUGUCAAUAGUGUACAAAAUGGACAACAGAAUUAUCAACAAUAUCCUGGAAUAUACCAACCCAACGUUAUUAAUGAUGUACAAAAUGUUGCUAAUGGAGGGGGUUCCCCGGUUUAUAUCCCUGCAGGAAAUGUGCAAGACCUAACAGAUUAUAAUAGAUAUGGAUCACCUGGAUCUCCUGCUGUGUAUGCUGGUAACGAGGGCAGGUAUGUUAGAGGAGCUGAAUUCUGGCAACUAGAAGAUGAUUAUGAAAACAACCCGAAAUAUCGUGUUGCAGUAGAAGAUGGGGAUUAUAGUGGUUUAAUUGAUGUGAGAUAUUAAUAAUUGAUCAAAUAAAUAACUUUUCUUUGUUACUUCAUUAAUAAAUAACGUUUUUGGAAAA